AUGUGGACAACUUUUGAACCAUUGACUCCCGAAACAAAUCAACAUCAAUGUGAUAUACCAAGAAAAUUCAGGAGCAAAGAUUCGCUACGAUAUAUGACAAAGCCAACGGAGAAUGUACAUCAAACAAUUGAUCCAGUAUAUAAACGAGCAGCCAAUACAUUUUCGUCUGCUUCUAAUUCACCUGCUAGACUGUCACAUUCUUAUUUUGUAAAUAAAAAAGAUGCUAUACUUUGUGAUGUAAAUGAUUCUAAUUUAGAAGAAUUAUUAUCUAAUAAAAUUCAGAAUAGUAUUGAUGCUAAUCACGUUGGGUCUAUCUGUCCUCCUAGUUUUUCAUACACAGAUAAUUCCUUUCAACAAUCAGCGCCAACCUUUGUUAGAGAUCAUGGUAGAAAGUUAAAUUCAGUUCGUUCUGUCCAACGCUUUUCACCCUAUCGGUCACCACGCGAUCGAGCUAAUCGACAAUCUAUUCCGAAACCAGCAUUGAAUAUUCCACCUAACCAAUUUGUUAUAGCAGCACAAGAAGUUUGUAGAAGACUUUUUAUGCCAGGAAACAUGGCAGUCGAUUGUAAAAGCAAGCCAGAAAAUAAUAAAAUAUCCAAUUGCUGA